GAGCCCCUGGCACUGCCCAGUCCCUGAGACGGUCUGUCCGCCUCCCGGGAACAGGGCCUCUCUGUGCACCACGGGCGGCGGCGGAUUUGCCCCGAGCCCCGCCGCAAUCCGGGCAUGGGGGGCAGCGCCCCAGAGCAGGGACCCCCCUGCGAUCCGGGCAGGGGAUGGAGGCAGCACCCCAGAGCAGGGACCCCCCUGCGAUCCGGGCACGGGGUGGGGGCAGCGCCCCAGAACAGGGACCCCCGCGAUCCGGACACGGGGUGGGGGCAGCGCCCCAGAGCAGGGACCUCUCCCCUCCUCGCGAUCCGAGGACCGUGUUGCUAAACCCGAUUUCCUUCCAGUUCAGCUCCCUCCCGCUCUCCCCUAAGCGCAGGUGCUGCAGAGAACCAGCCAGGGCUGUCCACUGCCCACUCCCUCCCCACAAGGCCCGGAGACAUCCCCCCCAGCACCCAGAUGGCUCGACAGGACAUGCCCAAGGACCAGUUUCAUGCUGUGGGAAUCAUCUUCUUCAUCCUGGGUCUGGGCACCCUCCUGCCCUGGAACUUCUUCAUCACGGCCAUCCCGUAUUUCAAGGCCCGGCUCAUUGUGGGGACUAGCUUGACCGUGGGCCUGGGGGGAAACAGCUCUGGGACGCAGCGGGACCCAGCCCAGGAUGAGUUCAACUUCAACAACUGGCUGACGCUGCUCUCACAGCUCCCGCUGCUGCUCUUCACUCUGCUCAACUCCUUCCUCUACCAAUGCAUCCCGGACAAGGUGCGGGUCCUCGGCAGCAUGAGUGGCAUCCUCCUCCUCUUCAUCCUCACGGCCGUGCUGGUCAGGGUGGAAAUGCCCCCCCACAGCUUCUUCUCCAUCACCAUAAGCUCUGUGUGGUUCAUUAACUCAUUCUGCGCUGUCCUGCAAGGCAGCCUGUUCGGGCAGCUGGGCACCCUGCCCCAGGGCUACAGCACUCUCUUCCUGAGUGGCCAGGGCAUGGCCGGGACCUUCGCCGCCAGUGCCAUGCUGCUCUCCAUGGCUAGUGGUGCGGAUGCGCAGACGUCUGCCCUGAGCUACUUCAUCACCCCCUGUGUCGGGACCCUGAUCUCCAUUGUCUGCUAUCUGAUGCUGCCCCGUAUGGCCUUCUUCCGUCACUACCUGGAGCAGAGUUGGCAGCAUGACCCACGCAAUGAGCUGGAGACCAAAGCUGGGCUGCUGGGCCCCGAGGAACAGAGUGGGGACCAGUCAGAGAGGCCUGGGGAGAAGCCAAUGCUGGGAAUGGCCAAUGGGACACUCAGGACAUUGGAGGACAUCAGUGUGGAGAGCUCCGGGAAGGGAGCCUUCGCCCUGCACAAUGGGACAGCCACCAGUGCCCAGAACGGGGGGCCGGGACCAGAGAGACCGUCAGUGUUCAGUGUGCUCCGAAAGAUCUGGCUGCUGGCACUCUGCAUUGUCAUGGUUUUCACUAUCACCCUGUCCGUGUUCCCUGCCAUCACUGCCACCGUCACCAGCACCUCGGAGAGCAAGCAAUGGAGUGAGUUCUUCACCCCUGUUUGCUGCUUCCUGUUGUUCAACAUGAUGGACUGGCUGGGCCGCAGCGUCACCUCAUACUGCCUCUGGCCAGAGAAGAGACUAUGGCUACUCCCCCUGCUGGUGGGCCUGCGCUUCCUGUUUGUGCCCCUGCUGAUGCUAUGCCAGGCCGAGCCCCGCACCCGCCUGCCCGUGCUCUUCCACCAUGACGCCUGGUUCAUCCUCUUCAUGCUGCCUUUCUCGCUCUCCAAUGGCUACUUCGUCUCGCUCACCAUGUGCCUCGCCCCCAAGCAGGUGCUGCCGCAAGAGAGCGAGCUGGCUGGAGCCAUCAUGACCUUCUUCCUGGCACUAGGGCUGUCGUGUGGGGCUGGGCUCUCCUUCCUCCUCAAGGCCCUGCUGUGAUCCCCCCUCAGAUUCAUCCCUUCAUCUUCCAGCAGCUCGUCUGAGUGCACCCCAUCAAACUGGGGGGCUUGGAAUAGGAGGGAUGGGGGGGGCUUUGCAUAGGAGGGGGGCUGGUACCUCCUGACUUCCCCCUUUCUUUCCAUGGGCAUCAUCUCAGCCUGGUGAGUGUAAAGAUUAGUGUCCUGCCCCCCCCCCCAAGUCUCCUGUUGCAAGGCAGAUACCCCAUUAGGGGUUGCCCCCCAGCCCUAUUCUGUUCCUCACCACCGUUCCAUAGGAAUUCCAGCAAAGGGAAUGUCUAUAGAAUGGUGUGGCAGGGGAGGAAAGGGUUAAUGUAAAGAAGUAUCUGGGGUUUUAAUGUAUUUAUUUGUGGGGCUCCUGGGCUGAUUUUUGGCUGGCUCCUUAGCCCAGGUGGGGGGCUGAGCCCCAUGCGGUGUCAUGGGCUACACAAAGGGACACCACAGCAUACCACUUCGCCUGGAGAUUCACGUAGAGCCCAGGCUCCAACUCCUGCCCCUUCGCCCUGGGGUCGAGGAAGGGGAGGACCCCAAGGGUUGCUGGGGCUUUGCUUCUGCUGCAGAAACGCACAUCCAAGCCAGACUGCUGGCUGGGCUUUAAAGGGUUAAAUAUCCCCUCUCUCCUGACCCCCAGAAAGGUCCUAGCUCCUGGAUGGAGGCUACUGCCCUUUAGAAGGAAUAUUGUAUAAUGGGUAGGACAGGAGAUGGGAGCAAGGUCACCUGGGUUCUGUCCCCAGCUCUGGGAAGCACGUGCUGGCCAGUUGAUUGUAAACUCCUUGGGGCAAGGUCUUGUCUGUGCUCUGAAGUGCCUAGUUAUGCUCUAGGUCAAUGGUUCUUAAACUUCCGUACUGGUGACCCCUUUCACACAGCAAGCGUCUGAGUACGACCCCCCCUUAGAAAUUAAAAACACUUGUUUAUGUAUUUAACACCAUUAUAAAUGCUGGAGGUUUGGGGGUGGAGGCUGAGAGCUCGCGACCCCCCAUGUUUGAGAACCCCCCCGCCUUAGGUGCUAGAUAAAUAAUAGUAGUUAGAGUAGGUGCGGCAAUUCCUCUCGCAGGCAUCAGUAGCCCAGCCGCUAGCAGGCGGCUUUGUGCUACUGGAAGAGCUCAAGGGCGGCUCGUGGUCAGACCUGGGUUUGGUUCCCUGCUGUGCCCCAGAUUCCCUGUGUGACCUUGAGCACGUCCCUUAGCCUCUCUGUGCCUCAAUUUCCCCAUCUGUACAAUGGAGACAUUAGCACUGCCCUGGCCUCCCCAGGGCACGAGGACAUGUUCAGUUCAUGUUGUGAAGCGCCCAGAUACCAUGGUGGCAGGUGCUAUAGAAAUUCUCAUGGGAGAGAGAAAAGGACAUGGUGGCAUUUUUCCCCUUUGGCUUUAUUGUGUGCAUGGGGCUGGAGUGGCUGUUUUAUUGUAUUUCAUUGCCUGCUUUUGGCUCUUUUUAAUAAGUUUGAUUUUUAUUUUUUCAAUAAAAGUGCUGUGAGGUUUUUUUACAA